CCGCCGGGCGGUGCUUGGUGCCAUGCGGCGCUGCGCGGGGCAGGCGGGCGAAGCGCAGAAGGAUGAAAGCAAUGAGGACUUCGUUCAAGUCAGAAGGAGGGAUUUGGAAAGGCUGACAACUGAGGUUAUGCAAUUGCGGGAUUUCUUACCCAAGGUACUCGAUGGUGAUAUUGUGUGGACGUUCCAGAAACUGGAUGCUAUUGAAUCAAGCAUGGAGAAAAAGGAGGAGGAAAUAGAGCAGCUGAAAAUGGAUUGUGAGCACUUCAGAGCCCGCCUGGAAGCAGCCCAGACAGAUUGCAUGAGGGAGAAGAAGGAGAAACUAGACCUCCGGCAGCACCUGCGUGAGGCCAAGCAGCAGCUCCUGCAGCAAGCAGAGUAUUGCACAGAAAUGGGUGCAGCUGUCUGCACCUUGCUGUGGGGUGUAUCUAACAAUGAGGAGGCUGUUAAAACCAUUCUAGGAGGAAGCAAGGCAGCGAAGUUUUUUACUAUCACUGCACAGACUAUGGAGAGCUUUGUGAAGUCAUUAAGUGAAGACAUGAAACAGCAGGAUUUGGAUUCUGAUGAAAAUCAGUUUGUGUUAGCGUUGGCAGGGAUUGUAACAAAUGUGGCUGCACUGGCUUGUGGCCGUGAGUUCUUGGUUAGUUCAAGUCGUGACCUGUUGGACACAAUGAUGCACCUCCUGGGAGAGAUGAAGCCAGGACUUUGUACAAAGUUUAAAGUACUAAUGCUAAUGUCACUUUACAACGUGAGUAUCAACUUGAAAGGCUUGAAGUACAUCAGUGAAAGUCCAGGUUUUAUCCCUUUGCUUUGGUGGCUCUUGAAUGACCCGGAUACUGAAGUUUGUCUUCACGUUCUGCGGCUCCUUCAGUCUGUGAUUCUGGAGCCAGAAGUAUUAGCCAAGUCAGCCUGUGAGAUGCGUGAUACUUUGCCAUUUCAACGUAUCAUUACACUGUCAAAGAGCCGCAAUGCGGAACUGCAAGCACUUGCAAAAGAGCUACUUGAAGAUCUUAAAAUACUUGAGUAUGAAGCAUAGAAGAGCUCUGUGACACCGACUGCUUAUGUCUUUCCUGUAUUUCUGUGCUGCGGGAGUUAUUGGUAAUUGUCUUGACAGAAAAAUUCCCUGCAUAAGUUUCUCUGACAAAAUUUCUUUAUGAAAUUAGGCAAUCCAGGUACAAUAAUGCCGAGGAAAAUAUGUUGGGUUGUAAAUGUCCAAGUAGGCAAUCUGGUAGAGAUGGGAAAGGCUUCAUUUCUAGGAGCAGAGUUUCGUUGAUGAUGGAUUUCCAAAGUGCUACAGGUUAUGUUGUCUGUUUAUCACAUGCAGGGAGUAGAAUGGUCAUCUCAUCCGUUGAUGACGAGUUGUUUAUUGGAGUAGUAAGUAAUCAUUUAGGUCCAUCCUUAAGAACUAUUAUACUGGAAGAGAACCUUGUUGCUUCUCAUAAUUCUGUGUCAGAAUGCAUCCCAAGUUCUAGUUUUAUUGAUCUCAUUGCUCCUCUCUUUUUGCAUUUUAAUAAAAUAAAUUUCAAAUUCUUUAA